CUGUCUCAUUAAAAAACUUUGUCUUUAUUGGUGGGCAAAUUUGCCAGGAUAAUAGAAAACAUGAAUGGUGUCGAAUGUAAGCCUGUUAAUAAGGAAGACGAAUUGAAGAAGGGAACAAUGCAGUUUAAAAUAAACGGAACUCCAUACAAUGUGGAUCUUACAUCCUUGGCACCGGACAUAACAUUAAACACCUUUCUCAGAGAUCAUGCCCAUUUGAUGGCCACCAAAUUUAUGUGCCUAGAGGGUGGUUGUGGCGCCUGUGUGGUCUCAAUCAAAGGCAAAAAUCCUGCUACGGGGGAAAUUAAAACCUGGUCAGCCAAUUCGUGCCUGGCAUUACUGAACACUUGUGGAUCUUGGGAAAUCACCACCAGCGAGGGCAUUGGAAAUCAACUCGAUGGCUAUCAUCCCAUACAAAAACGCAUGGCCAAACUAAAUGCAAGUCAAUGCGGUUACUGCACUCCGGGUUUUGUCAUGAACAUGUACAGCUUAUUGGAGUCCAAGGGAGGUCAGGCCAGCAUGGAAGAAAUCGAGAACGCCUUCAGUGGUAAUAUAUGUCGCUGCACUGGUUAUCGACCCAUUUUGGAUGCUAUGAAAUCUUUUGCUUGCGAUAGUAAUAUACGGCUGCCCGCCGAAUGCAAUGACAUUGAAGAUCUGGUUGGCAAAAAAUGUCCCAAAAGCGAUUCGGGAGCCUUGUGUUCGGGUCAAUGCCAUAAACCUAAGCCUCUACGCUAUGCCGAUGGCAGCUUUUGGUCUUGGCCUCAAAAUCUCAAGGAAUUAAUUCAUAUGCUCAGCCAAAUACCAGCGGAUGAGGAAUAUAUGUUGGUGGGAGGCAAUACUGCCCAUGGGGUUUAUCGUCGUUCGGAGCAUAUCAAGCAUUUCAUUGAUAUCCAUGAAUUGGCAGAAUUGAAGGAGUUCAAAUUGACCAAAGACAAAUUGACUUUGGGUGCUGGCCUGACCCUUUCCGAAACUAUGGAUAUCUUUAAAAAAGUAGCGAACACGAAUGGUUUCCAGUAUUGCCAAGAGCUAUGGGAACAUUUUCAACUUAUAGCCAAUGUGCCGGUGAGAAAUAAUGGCACACUGGCCGGAAAUAUUUCAAUUAAAAAAGCCCAUAGAGAAUUUAGUUCGGAUGUUUUUCUAUUGCUGGAGACACUAAAUGCCAAAGUGAUAGCCUGUCGAGCACCCAAUGGAAGUCCCAUAACACUUUCAAUGGCAGAAUUCCUAAGUGACACUACACCGAAGACAAUAAUUCUGGCUUUUGAGCUAUCCGCCUACCCUAGGGCAAACUUCAUAUUCAAAUCGUACAAGAUUAUGCCCAGGGCCCAAAAUUCUGUUGCCUAUGUAAAUGCUGGAUUUUUGUUGGAAUUGAAAACGCCUGCCGUGGGUAUUGUAAAAACUUCCCGAAUAUGUUUUGGUGGCAUUAGCACUGAUUUUGUACAUGCCUCUGCUGUUGAGGACAUGUUAAAGGGGCAGUGCUUCUACCACAAAGCAGUUGUAGCGAGUCUAUUUUCAACCCUAAAUAGCACAUUGCAACCUGAUGCUGCAUCGUCCAAUGCUUCUACUGAAUAUCGCCUGAAGUUGGCCUCAGGGUUAAUGUUUAAAUUUCUAUUGGAAGUGAGUCCAAAGGAUGCAGUGCGUCUGGAUUAUGUUAGCGGUGGUCCUCUAUUGAAGCGAGGCCCCUCCUCGGGCCUUCAGACAUUUGAUACCAGGCCAAGUGUUUAUCCCGUAACGCAGCCAGUAGAGAAGUUGGAAGCUUUGAUUCAAUGUGCCGGAGAGGCCAAGUAUAUGAAUGAUCUUAUAACCUCCAAGAAUACGGUGCAUUGUGCCUUUGUGGGAGCCACUAAGGUGGGUCACAUGAUUGAAAGCAUUGAUGCCUCGCAAGCUUUACAAAUGCCCGGAGUUGUGGCCUUCUUUUCUGCCAAGGAUAUUCCUGGAGUAAAUUCCAUUGUUGAUACCGCACAGAUGUAUGCAGUGGAGGAACUUUUCACUUCGGGCCUGGUGCGUUUUUAUAAUCAGCCUUUGGGUAUGAUUGUAGCCCAGAGUAGAGAUAUAGCCGAAAGGGCCAUCACGAGAGUCAAGGUGUACUAUACGCACGACGAUGCUUCCAGCAUUAUGCCCACCAUGGCGGAUGUCUUGGAAAAUAAAUGCUUGGAUCGCAUUUCAACCGUGUUAAAAUCCAAUGUCUCGGAAAUUAAGUUAUCUGCCUCGGCAGAUUUUGAAGUAAAUGGUAUCUUCGAAAUGGGUCUUCAGUAUCACUUCGCCAUGGAACCUCAAACCUGCGUUGUGAUACCAGCUGAGCAAAGUUUAGAGGUUUACUCCUCCACACAAUGGCACAAUCAUACCCAAGCUUGUAUUGCUAAAAUGCUGCAGCUCAGGGCUGCCCAAGUCCAGUUGAAGGUGCGCCGUCUGGGAGGUGCAUUUGGAUCCAAACUCAGCCGCUGUAAUUUUGUGGCCUGUGCUGCCUCCCUGGCUGCCCACAAACUCAAUCGUCCUGUUCGAUUUGUGCAAUCUCUGGAGUCCAUGAUGGAUACCCUGGGCAAACGUUGGGCUUGUCGCUCCGACUACAAGGUGCAUGGACAGGCAAAUGGUAAAUUGGUGGCCUUGCAAAACAUUUUCUAUGAAGAUGCCGGUUGGAGUUCCAAUGAAUAUGCUCCACCUGUUUAUCCAGAUUCGUUUAGAAGUUGUUAUGCCUUUAGCGAAGAAAAUCUUAAACUAGAGGGAAAGGUGGUGUUGACAGAUGCCCCCAGCUCUACAUUUAUGCGAGCUCCUGGUUCUCUGGAGGGCAUAGCCAUGAUUGAGAAUAUUAUAGAGCACAUAGCCUUUGAGGGCAAUCUAGAUCCAGCCGAUGUUCGCCUGGUGAAUAUCAAAGAAGGCAAUAAAAUGAAGGAGUUGCUGCCUCAGUUCCUCAAAUCCAGAGAAUAUAAGAAACGACGUGGGAAAAUUGAUCUGUUCAAUGCCCAAAAUCGUUGGCUCAAGAAAGGCCUGGGUCUGGCAAUCAUGAAUUUUCCCUUGGAAUAUUUUCCCAAGUUUGGUACAUAUCCCGCCACAGUCACCAUUUAUCAUGUAGAUGGUUCUGUGGUUAUUUCUCAUGGCGGCAUUGAAAUGGGUCAAGGUCUUAAUACCAAAGCUGCUCAGGUGGCUGCUCAUAUCCUGGGAAUUCCUUUGGAGUUUGUUAAAAUUGAAAGCACCGACACCGUAAAUGGUGCCAAUGCCCUUUGGAGCGGAGCCUCCAUGAGUAGCGAAUGUAUUGGCUAUGCCAUUCGCAAAUGUUGCAAUACCCUGAAUGAUCGUUUAAUGCCCAUUCGUAAGUCCUUGGAGAAAAAUGCCACUUGGAAGCAGGUGGUGCAAGUCGCUUGGGAAAAAUCCACCAAUCUGAUUGCCAGUGAGCAAUACAAGUUUGGCGACAUACAGGAGUACAGCAUACACUCUCUAGCUUUGACCGAAGUGGAAGUGGAUAUUUUGACGGGAAAUCAUUUGAUCAAGCGCGUUGAUAUUCUGCAAGAUGUGGGAGAAAGUUUGAGUCCCAACAUUGAUAUUGGCCAAAUUGAAGGAGCAUUCGUUAUGGGCCUUGGUUACUGGCUGACAGAGCAGGUUAUCUAUGAUCGACAAACAGGGCAGUUGUUGACAAACAACACUUGGACCUACAAACCACCCGGAGCCAAGGAUAUUCCCAUAGAUUUUCGCAUUGAAAUGUUACGUGGCUCAGGCAGUAAGACUGGCUUUAUGAGUUCCAAGAGUUGUGCAGAGCCCCCAAUGUGUUUGGCUGUCAGUGUUAUAUUCGCUUUACAGCACGCCAUACAAUCGGCCCGUCACGAUGCUGCUUUGAAACGAAAAUGGGUUAGCUUGGGAGCACCAACCACGCCAGAGACCAUUGUGCUAAAUGCUGGCAUCAAUGUUGCAUCGUUCGCCUUAAAGUAAGCUAACCGUUAUGUUGUCCAGGAUAUUUUUCUAAACUUUGAAGUUCCUCAAGUAUUAAAAGUAUGAAUCCUAAAUACAAAAUAUAA